CUCGCUCCGCCGUGACAGUGGCAACCACCACACAUCACCACCCACACGUGCAGAUUUGCUUGCUUUGGCUGCUGCUACUGGGGCGUAGUUGGGAGGGUUACCCAUGGACUCCAACGCUCCGGGAGGUGCCGGCGAGAAGCGGGAGAUGCUGGUGGUGAAGCCGAGCGGCGCGCCAGCUCUGGCGGCCCUGAGGGACGUGCGGCCGUUGCCACCGCUGCCGGAGAAACGCAAACUGAACAGGGCCGACAUUGGCCGCUACAGUCGGCAGCUAGUGCUGCCUGAGCUCGGGGUUAAGGGGCAGCUGAAGAUUUCAAAUACAUCAGUGCUGGUCGUGGGCUGUGGUGGCCUCGGCUGUCCCGUUGCUCAAUACCUCGCCGCUGCCGGCAUUGGACGUCUGGGCCUGGUUGACCACGACUCGGUGGAGCUGAGCAACCUGCACCGGCAGGUGCUGCACACGGAGCAGCGUGUCGGGGUGGAGAAAGCCGCCUCUGCUGCCUGCGCCGUUGCACAACUGAACUCGACUGUGGAGGUUGUGCCAUACCACCUGCUCCUGUCUCCAAAGAACGCUCUGCAACUCGUACGACAGUAUGAUGUGGUGGCCGACUGCUCGGACAACGUGGCCACGCGAUACCUCGUCAGCGACGUGUGCGUCCUCGCGGGGAAGCCGCUCGUGUCGGCAAGCGCGCUGCGCAUGGAGGGACAGCUGACCGUGUACAAUCAUGAGGGCGGCCCUUGCUACCGGUGCCUCUACCCGACUCCACCACCGCCGGAAACGGUCACUAACUGCGCAGACGGGGGUGUGCUGGGAGUGGUGCCUGGAAUCAUGGGGAGCCUGCAGGCACUGGAAGUGCUGAAGGUUGCUGCCAGCAUGGGCUCCAGCUACUCGGGGCGGUUGCUAGUAUUGGAUGGGCUGGAGGGGCGGAUGCGCUCCGUGUCAUUGCGAGGACGGCGCGUGGGAUGUGCCACGUGUGGGGAAGCGCCGUCCGUCACUGCCUCCAGCCUGCCUGACUACGAGGCCUGGUGCGGCGCCGCCGCCACCGACAAGUGCCGAAGAUUGAUGCUGCUGAAGAAAGAGGAGAGAGUAACGGUGAAGGAGUACAAGGCGCUGCUGGACGAGGAGGUGACGCACGUGCUACUGGACGUGCGCCCCACCGUGGAGGUGGACAUUUGCCAUCUGCCGCAUUCCCUGAACAUACCCCUGAGUAGGCUGGAGCGGUGGAACGCGGCCGGGCCCGGCCAAGAACUCAAGACGCCGGUGGAGUUUGAUGACGAUGCGGGGCUUUCCGAGGUGGUGGCCAGCGCCGACGGGCUAGGGUUUGGAGGACGACAGUCGUCGCCGGAGGCCAGAUCGCCUGGACAGGGAAUGGAGCUGCUGCUGGAGAGGAUUUGGGAGGAGAGGAGGAAGGCAACCGGCGGAGGGAGUGAUACCGAGUUACCAGUCUUCACAAUCUGCAAGCAGGGCAAUGACUCCCAGGUGGCCGUGACGCUGUUGCGGCGGGCGCUGGCGGACGCCGGCGAGGCCGUGAGCGUGCGGGAUGUGGCCGGGGGCCUCGCUGCCUGGGCCGCCACCGUCGACCCUGACUUCCCCCAGUAUUGAGCAAGUGCCACGUAGCCACCUGAACUGAGAGAUGGAAUCCGCGUGAGGUCCUCUCCGAGAGUGGCCUGUAUUGCUGAAGAUUAUGUGAAGCAGAUGUGGGGAGUCCACGGUUCGCAGAUCUGACACGACCUGCUGGAACACAAGGACGACCACUCAGAAACGGCCCCAAAACAGUAUCCAUCACUGCGGGUAUCCUAGCCGCACGAAUUGGGUACGAGAAAGGGAAUAUGUUUGACCUGACAACAACACCUUGUUUAUCAUUUUUGCGUGCUUCGUUCUGUCACUGUACAAGCCUCUUGCAGCUACAGAAGUGACCAAGUGAGGUGUGUGAGUGUCAAAGUGUGGUGCCACCACCCCCCCUUCACCAGUGUUUGAAAGUCCUACACGGCCCUGCUUAAGCAAAAGGUCCCCCACCCCUGCCCUAAAUGGUCUGGGUUGUGAGACUGCCAAUCUUGCUGGACUGCCAGGUGGCCAGGAGGUAGCACUACAGCGAGUGGGUUUGUGAACCCAUCUGGAUGGACUUUUGAGUGUUAUUGCCACGUAUGCCGUGGUGAGUUUUCUCUACGUACUCCCAACUUUUAAGCAAUACACUCUUAAAGAGGAUUGAGCAAUGUCGCUUGCAGAAUACUUAUAAAAAAAAGUACCGAGGCCCAUUGAGGUCUUCCUGGAAAAGUAAAUAUUCUCUUAACAUUUUACAGCUGGAUUGACUUUUGGGAAAUUCCUACAUCUUUAAUUGCUUGUGUUGUAAAAGAGCAGUCAUUUAAACAAUUGUUUUAAGCUUUUACAAGUUUACCCUUUGGCAGGCACACACCUGAUUGAAUAGUUCUCACUGAAAUGAGUUCACUUUUGUGAUAAAGACACUCUAAGUGUCUUGAUUAUUUAAACUGACUGAAAAUUAUUUCAUACACUUUAAUAUCUGAACGACAAAAACCUAAAUAAAAAAAAUGUAAAGCAAGUGAAGGUGAAAGCAAUGGGAGUGUCCCUCCCCUGUUGACGUUUCACUCCCACAUCGAUAGUUUGUGGGUGAACUCAAAAUAUAAAGCACAUUCCCAUUAAUUUAAGACAAGAAAUACAUGGCAUGCAUCAGGAAUCGCUUUGGGCUGUGUUAAUCGCGGUUGGCAGUCCUCAAAUUAAGAGAUGCAUUUGCAAUUAGAGGUUCUGUAAAUCCGAAGUGUGUAAGCCAAGUGGUAUAAAUUCCACGUGUCAAGGAAGUUUAUAGCUAUUACAACUGCUGUUGUUUCCUGCAACAGGGUACGUAUUUGUAUGACCCAGCCAUUAGAGGUGCUUCAUUUGCCACAAAGUAAAAAUAAAUCUUAAAUCACGAAUCUAUUUUGUGGCACGGUUCUUUCUAUAUGACAGCAUCUGGUGCCUUCCUACUAAAGUGCUUAUUUUAUCAGCCUCCACGAGGCACCCCCAAAAAUUUGCAUUUGAACUUGUAGCUCCUUUGGUUGUGAGUCAGGGGUGAUGAUACGUAGCAGAAUCCAACCUGGUUUAUGGUAUUAAAUUAUGAACAUCUAGCUAUUGUAACUGCGGGUUUUGCCACAUCAGUCUUGUCAGAGCAAAUGCCAUCGGAGAGCAACGCCACACAUUCAGCGCUGCACUGUCGUCACCACUUGCCUCAUCCAGCGUCACUGCCAUGACGCUGGGGCGUGGUGCGUGCGUCAGGCUGCACGUGCUCUCGUAGCCCUUGGCGCGGCGAGGUAGAAUUCGGGCCGCUAUCCAGCCGCGAGUGGGUACGUGGAGGCGUGCGGCACAAAUGCCAUUCCUGAGCAGUCCUCCUGGCUGCCUGAGCUCGCCGCGUGACAGGCAUUGUUCUCGUGACGAGGAUUCGCUCGGCCGCGUACGGCACUUAGCCUGAUGUGACGCGUGCCGGCAUGUCGCCGAGUUACAGCCGGGUGUGACGGCGGUGGUGGCGGCACAUGCCUGAGAUCCAUCAGCUAGCAGGCGCGCUUGGCGAGGACAGAUGGAGUCUGCGAGGUACCUCCUCGCAUGGUGAAAACUGAAACAAUUCAAACUGCUCACCGCCUCGGUCAUGAACGUUGCAUUGUCAUCGGCCGUGAUAAAUCUUACGGCUGCAUCAAGGCCUCCCCAAGCCGUUGCCAUGCAUUGCAGCAGAAAUGUUUAUGGCUGCGGCAGUAAAUGGUUUAACGAUGCAUGGAUUCAAUGGUUAGUAUUGAUUCUUGAGCUCACGAUUCGUCAAAUCACGCGUGUUAUUGAUUUUUUUUGGUUUGUUACCUGUAAUAGGUUUAUUGGAUCCCCGAUAAUAACUAGAGGCGGCUGCAUUCACCACAAUUUCAAAUAAUAGAAUAGAUUGUCGAAUCCAUUUGCAAACCUGAAUGAUGGCAAUGCAUUGAGUUGUGAGGUGGACAAUCAAUACAUAUUUUCAAAGUUUCGGUUUUUAAAGAGGCGUCUGUUUUAGGCAAUACUGCUAGUGGGUGUAUCCCCUCCUGGCACUGGUUUCCUUAACAGCACUGUGCCUGUGAGUGCCCGGCUGCCUUCCCGCCGUGGCCCUCGAAAUAUGGGAAAUGUCCCAAUUUUUUUAAGUAACUAAACAUAAAAUAAUUUGUAAAGGACCACAAGAGGGAUGUAGGCGCCACGGUGGCGAGAUGUUAAUUACCUCGCCUGGUAUACAGGAGGUCGUGGGUUUGAGCCCGACCCUGAUGUCUAUAUAUUUGGAGUUUGCAUGUUCUUCCGUGGUCGUGUGGAUUUUUCUGUCCUCCGGUUUUUCAUUCCACAUUUAGAAACAUGCGUUUCGAGUAUUUGGCUGCUGUUCAUUUCCACACGAUAAGCCACUUUGCUUAGCUAUUAUUUUUGGCCAGGUCGUU